AUGAAGAGGCACUUCCGACACAGGAACGUUGCUCUCGCUCUUCGAAACCUUGUAAGACUUACGAAGACUUCUAGAAGGAAGCUCUCCGAAGAACUCAGAGACCUUGAGAUCGCGGAAAGUCAUAUCUCCAAACUCAGAAACGUUCUGAUCAGAGGACUCAGCAACAGAAGCCUUCACGGAAUCGAAAAUCUCUCCAAUGGUGCAAUCAGGAUUCUGUUCCAGAUAAUCCAGAUAGAAAUUAUCCCAAAGUCCAGCCAUGCAAGCGCCCAAGUGCUUCUCACCAAUGUAAUCCUCAGGAGGGCAGUUGCUCAUGUAAGCAUUAUGAUGAGCAUCGCUAGAAGUCAUCACGUAGAUGUUGAUAUCAGUGGGAAGAUUAGGGAACAUGGAUCCCGAAUGGCAAGCCUCCAUGAACCACACCCACUUACCGUACAGCUUCUUCUCGUACGCAGUCUUAAGAGCACCGACCAAAGCAGCCGAGCGAACAUAAUCACCACCAACACAAAUGAUAUCAUCACCACCAUGGUCAAUGAAAUAAGUGAACACAGUAUCCUCAGGUCCAGCAUUCAAUACCUUAGGAUUCUCCUUACCAGUCGCCUCUUUCACAGUCUCAGCGUCUCCAGAAAGAAUAGCCAAGAACACUUUCUCGUUGAUUUCGUCAUCAGUGUAAUCAACAUGAUCAAAGCAUCCAUAUUUAGCCCAAUCACCAUCAGUGUUAUCAGCAGGAUCAGUGAAAAUCAUUCCAGGAUAAGGGUUAUCUGGUAG